GUACGCACGGAGCUGGCCAUCUACAGCCGGGCGCACCGGACACGGUACCCAAGCGCAUACACAAAAGACGCGGGACACCGAGCGUUGUUGUUCUCUUUGAGACUGCGACAGUAGAAGUGGAGUUUCUGCAUGUUGUGUGAAUGGGGAAGAGCGGACUGAACACAUUUGAAGACCGAUUGGGUUUUCUUUUUUGAAUUAUCGGCAAAGCAGUGUACUCGUUUGUUUUGGUAGAUUCCACGUCUGAACUGGACGUGGUGUGACAGAUCCGCGUCAACAAUCAGAACUCCUGAGUGCGCCUCGCAAUCACAGAGAUGAACUAUUUUGUGCAAGACGCAUUGCUGGAUAACACACUGAAUGCAUAAUGACCGGAGUUAUUUAGCCUCACAAUUUCAGCAGCACUCUGUUGCGUGCGUUGUCUCCGUGCGCUGCAGCUCGGUGACCGGGACAGAGACUCAGAGCUCUCCCCAGGAGUCGUGCGCGUCCUGCGGCCUCAGGACGCCGGAUGAGAAGGUGAACAUAGACUUCUUGGAGGCGGUGAAGAGGCACAUACUGAACCGGCUGCAGAUGAGAGAGAGACCCAACAUCACACAUCCCAUUCCGAAGGCUGCGAUGGUGACGGCGCUGAGGAGGCUGCACGCCGGGAAAGUGCGAGAGGACGGCCGGGUGGAGAUCCCCAGCUUUGACGGACAGGCUGCAUUCAACAACGAAGUUCUAGCAGAGACCUCUGAGAUUAUCAGCUUCGCCGAAUCAGAUGAGCACACAUCCUCCAAGUCUGGUCUGUACUUCCUCAUCUCCAACGAGGGCAACCAGAACCUGUACGUGUCCCAGGCGAACCUGUGGCUCUACUUCCGUGUGCUGCCAGCUGGACCUGAGAAGGGCAUCCGUAGGAAGGUGACGGUCAAGAUCCACUACCAGGAGGCUGGGGCUGUCAGUGGUGCUGAGGGAGGCCCAGGAGGUGGUGGUGGAGGAGGAACAGGCCGCUGGGCCCUGGUGGAGAAGCGGGUGGAUCUGAAACGCAGUGGCUGGCAUACUUUCCCCCUCUCGGAGGCAGUGCGGGCUGUGUUUGGAAAAGGUAGCCGGCGGCAGGACCUAGAGGUCCACUGUGAGGCCUGUGAGUCAGCUGGCGUGGCUCCGGUGCUGGUGGACCCAGGCGACCCAUCCCACCGGCCCUUCCUGGUGGUGCGUGCGCGGCAGGUGGACGGAAAGCACCGGAUUCGCAAGCGGGGACUGGAGUGUGACGGCACUAGCGGGGGCCUUUGCUGCCGGCAGCAAUUUUACAUAGACUUCCGUCUUAUUGGCUGGAACGACUGGAUCAUUGCACCAGCUGGUUACUAUGGUAACUACUGUGAGGGCAGCUGCCCGGCCUACAUGGCAGGUGUUCCGGGCUCGGCUUCAUCCUUCCACACUGCAGUAGUUAACCAGUACCGCUUGAGAGGGAUGAGCCCGGGAUCAGUCAACUCCUGCUGCAUCCCCACCAAACUCAGUACUAUGUCCAUGCUAUACUUUGACGAUGAAUACAACAUCGUAAAGAGGGAUGUGCCGAACAUGAUUGUGGAGGAGUGUGGAUGUGCUUGACUCCACACUGGCCCUUCAUCAUCUUUGAACUUGGAACAGUCAAAAAGGCCUUUUGUACAAACAGGACGUUAUUGUAUGGUACACAUAUAUGAUAUAUCUAUACCUACUGUAUGUGCAAGCAACAUGCACGCUGGGACAGUCUAGCAAACGCAAGUGUCAGUGUUGUGUUCUUGCGUGCACGUGUUUGUGCGAGUGUGUGUAUUUAUCAGAGUGACAUGUUGCUGUCAGAGUUUUGUCAGUGGACAACUGGUCAGCAAUGGGACAAGAAGGGAAUGAUUAUCACCAAAUGAUACUUUGCUCUAGUUUGCCAUUUCUAGUCAAAAAAUAAUGGCUCAUCAUCUCCUUUUGAUUGAAGAUAACAAGCGCUUAAGGAAAGUGACAGGAUCAGCCGAUGACAGUAUUGGCUUCACCCCCACGCUCCCAACCCCGCUCCUCCAACCCUCUUAAUUACUUUAAGCACAUGACAGACUUGUUUUUAUAAAGCACUGACAAUUCAUCAGCUUAUACAAUUCAGAACACCAGCACUUCCCUACUAUGCCGAAAGUCUGACUGUCCUCUCUGGUGGAAUUAGACCAGCAGCGCUUAAUGCUUUGCAGGAUUAUACCCUCCGCAGAAAGGUAAAAGAAAGAAAAGAAAGUCCUCCAGAGAGCUGCCGCUUCUGCUGAUGUUGUCAUUCUUGCUGUUGACUACGGGCCUCAACCUCAACUUCCUGCCUAAGAGUGCUGCAGGCCCUGCUACCAUGACAACCAGGUGAAGAGAGAUCUUAAAGUACACUUCACUUGUGCACCGGGAGUAGCAGAGAGAGAACUGCUUCCUCCCGCCCCCUAAGGCUCAGUAGAAGUGGGCCUGCGGACACGGAGACUCUAGUUUUGGCCCAGUGGGUCGCCACAGUGCAGUGCAGCACUUGCAGAAACUGAAAUGCACACCCUGAAUAGCACUUGUAUAAAGAAAUGCCUUCCAUGGGGUACUGAGUGUCCUGUCCUAUUGCUAAAUAAGUGCCACGUGAGCUAUGCAAUGUAUAGUAACCUAUACCCAUACUCAUCAUGCUCUAUUAGACUGAAUUCUCUUUCCAUCUUUCUCUCUCUCCUUCCUUCUCUCUUCAGUCCUCGCCUCUUUAUCAAUACUUGAAAUGUAAUCUUUCGCCUCCUUUCCAAAGCGAAUGAUUGUUGUGACGUUUGCACUGAAAAGUUGCGGGAUUAGUGAAACAAAAACUGCCAUUGAAAAGUUAUUUUUAUAGAAGUAAAUUGAACUUUGUUUCAAAUGUAUUUUACCUAAUUAAUGGAACCAAAGAGGCCAAGAUUUUAGCUAUUGUACUAAGAUGGCAAGGCCAUUGCGUUAGUGUACAAUACUGUUUUUGAUCAUUUGCAAUAGGCCUACCACUGUAUCAGGGUACGAAAUAUGAUUUCAUUUCUUAGCUCUAUUUUCAUUCUGUUUUGUACAAUAAGCAACACUUAAUUUUUUCAUCUUUAAUUCUAUUUUUGUU